AGCGGAUUCCCUCUCACGGCAUCUCCGCUGCCAUGUCCCUCUCGAGGGCUCUUCGUCUUCUUCCUCGUCCUCUCCCUUUCGCCUCCUGAAACCACGCUUCGCGAAUUGAGUUCCUUUCCUUCUCUUCUCACUUAUUUUUGCUUCUUUUAAUUCGCACUCUUUGUCGAUGAAUGUUGGCAUUCGAACAUGGAUAGGCGAGAUUUUAUGGGUUUGGGGGCGCAUUCUUUCUACCUCGACGUUGUGUGAGGAGUUACAGAAAUACUGUUGAAGAUGAACUUCCAGAUGACCCGUAGCGAGACGGAGAGCUCUACAUCGGUACAAGUGGAUGGAAUUCCUGAGAGUCUCACUGAGAGGCUAUAUGUUGCUCUUGAGAGUGUAUCUGCUAAAGAGGAAUUGGUCAAGCAGCAUGCAAAAGUUGCUGAAGAAGCCCUUUCCGGGUGGGAGAAGUCAAAAAAGGAGGUAAUCUCUAUAAAGCAGCAACUCAAAGCUGCAAUACAGAAGAACACCUCCCUUGAGGAAAGACUUGGCCAUGUUGAUGAUGCCCUCAAAGAAUGUGUCAGGCAACUUCGACAAUCAAGAGAAGCACAAGAGGAGAGAACCCAGGCUGCCAUCAUCAAGAAAGUCUCUGAGUGGGAGUCUCAGAAAUCUCAACUUGAAACCUGUCUAACUGAACUCCAAGCCCAGCUGGAAGCUAAAACCAAAAGUUGCACCUUACUCAAACAUGAGCUUUGCUCGAAAAUUGAGAUUCUAGAAAAGGAAAAUGCCUCGUUGAAAAGUGAAUUAGUGUCUUUAAAUGAGGAUUUCCAUACCCGAACACUAGAUAUGGAACUCAGUAUCAGAGCUGCAGAAACUGCUAGUAAACAGCAUUUGGAAAGCAUUAAGAAGAUGAGAAAGCUUGAAGUUGAGUGCCGAAGCUUACGUUCUAGAACACAUAAAUCAUCAUUGGUUAAUGAUUCAAAACUCAUUUGCAAUUCGUUGUAUGGUGAGUCUCUUACAGACAGCCAGUCUGAUAGUGCUGAAAGGUUGUUUAGUCUGGACAAUGACUUCAGCAUUCCAGAUUCAUGGGCGUCUGCUUUAAUCACUGAGCUUGAUCAGUUCAAAAAUGAAAAGAAAACUACCAAAAAUCUUAAUAGCCCUGUAGAAAUUGACCUGAUGGAUGACUUCCUUGAGAUGGAGAGGUUCGCUGCACUAACAGAAGCUGACUAUGGAAGUUCUUCUUUGGAGCGCGAAGCUGAUUUGGAUGUUGGUAAUCUUAGACAGAUAUUACCUAGUAAUGUCAACAGUAUGCUUCAGCAGAUAGCGAUGCUGGAAGCGAAGAUUGACAAAAUGGCAAUUGAAAAAGAAGUAUUGGAGACAACUUUAGCCGAAACCAACAACCAACUGGAGAUUUCUUACGAUGAGCUUGUAGUAGUCAAAAAUGAAUUGACUGAAUUGCAUGGGCAACUCAGUUGGGCCAGUGGUGAAAAGAACACUCUAGAGGUAAAACUUGAAAUAUUAGAGGCAAAUAGAAAGAACAUGGAACUUGAGCAUGAGGCUGCAUACAAGGAAAUUAUGGAUCUAAAACAUAGAGUAGAACUAUUGGAGGGAGAAGUUGAGGUAGAGAAGCCAUUAAUUGCAAAAUUUAGCAGUGGAUGUAAGAAUGCUGAGGCAGUAGACUUGGAAGAGAAGAAAAAUGAACUUGAAAACAAAUAUGCAUGCUGGGUAAGUACCAUGUCAGACAAGAAGAUGAACUUGUUAGAGGAAGCUGAAGAAGUGAAGAUAAUGUCCGACAGAUGUGCAUAUAAAUGCCAGAAAAUGGAUAUCUUUGAACCAAAGAAAGAGGAAUUAAACUAUCUGGUUAAAUUAGAUACAAUUGGAUCUCCAAAUCUUCAUGAUAGGUUUGAUCUAACUGAAGGGAAAUCUGAAAAGGCGUUUUGUGCACAGCUUGCAGCAAAUCGUCCAAUUAGGAAAGCCAUUGAUGCAAAGGCAGAUUUACCAUACCAAGAAGUUGAAGAGGAUACAUCAUUGUCUGGAGAAUGCAAGUCUGAUACAAAAUUUUCAGAGGCCAAGAAAAUAGAACUUGUAGUGCAACUCGAAUUAGAACACAUGGAAAUACGGAAUCUACAAGAUAAGGUGCUUAUUCUGGAAAAACAAAUGGAGAAAGAGAAGGCAUUGACUGCAGAAUUUGCAUCAAGGUGUCUUACACUGGAAGAACAAUUAUCUCACAAAAAGCAAGCUGAUUUGCAGCAGUUCAGAAACUCAAAUGAACCACCAACAAUCAGACAACAGGAAAAUGAGAUUGCUCAGGCUGCUGGAAGGCUUGCAGAGUGCCAGAGGACCAUGGCUGCCCUUAACUUGCAGCUCAAAUCAUUAGCCACUUUGGAGGAUUUCUUGCCUGAGGCAAAGACACCAGAAUCAAAUGGUGAGGUAAUGGAAGAACUUAAUGGGGAGCCCAAGAUAUUAGAUUUUAGCAGCCCCCUAGAACAAAUAGGUGGUCAGUCGGUUCUUUGCAGUGGCACACAGGAUUUAUCAUUGUCGCAGAGUUCAUUCCCCCACAGGUGAGAUAAUUUCACAGAAAAACAAUAUUGUAUUUUCCAAGGAGAGAUGCGCCUUAGACAAUUUUGUAGAAGCUUCUGUAAUUUGUUUGACAGAUGCACAGUUGUAGUUUUGCAAUGCAAAAUCUGUGAACCUGAAAUUAAAACUCUUGUUUGUAUGUUUAACAUGGAUAGUUGCAUAUUAAAAUUC